AUGGAUCCUACAAAGGACCCAAACUUCAAGUCGCCUCAGGAACUAGACAACGAGUCCCUCCAGUCGAACACCGAUAUCCCCAAAAUUGGGCCCAUUAUCCCAUACGUUUUGGCAGAUUAUAACUCUGCCAUCGAUAAACCGAUCCAUCCUCGCAAGUACAAGAAAAAUGCGAUGAAACGGAAGCUGGCAGCGUCGAUGACUCCAAACAAGGACGCUUCCAAGAACAAUGCUUCUUCUUCUUCUGGUGGUGGUAGCGGUGGUGGUUCCGGGUCUGGCCAUGGGUCUAAGAACGGGAUCAUUCCGAUGAAACAGGAGGAGUUGCAACCGGUUUCUGCUGAGACCAGCAGUGGUUCUGAGUCGGAAACUAGCGACUCAGAGUCGUUGGGUGCGCAGCCAGACCCAAUUGACGAAGCAGCCACGGCAGUAGCGAAGGUAGCUGCAGCUGCAGCUGCUGUUAAUAACACUGUGUCAGCAGUUGCUGCAGAAUUUAACGAUCCAUCGGCCGUGGAUCCAACAACAUCGACGUCAGAAUUCGUCGACUCCUCCUCAUCAGUGCCGGCCGUCGACCCUGAAAUCACAUCGAGAAUCCACAAGUUCCAAAUCGCAGACCUUGAGGAAGUCCCCCACGGUAUCACACGACAGGCCAACAACUUGAAGGACUACCAGUUCCCAACACACAGGCUGAAACACCGUCUCAGAAACCCAAACAAACUACCGUUGGUCAUUGUUGCGUGCGGGUCCUUCUCGCCCAUAACGUAUCUCCACUUGCGGAUGUUCGAGAUGGCCCUCGACGCCAUCAGCGAGCAGACCCGUUUCGAGGUCAUUGGUGGUUACUACAGUCCCGUCAGCGAUAACUACCAGAAACCUGGGUUGGCGCCAGCGCACCAUAGGGUACGGAUGUGCGAGUUGGGGUGCGAGAGAACGUCGUCGUGGCUUAUGGUCGACGCCUGGGAGUCCCUCCAGCCAACUUACACCAGAACCGCAAUGGUCUUGGACCAUUUCAACGAGGAGAUUAACGUCAAGCGCAAGGGUGUCAUCAAGAACGACUUGGGCGAGCGGAUGGGCGUCAAGAUCAUGCUUCUUGCCGGUGGUGAUUUGAUAGAGUCCAUGGGCGAGCCAAACGUGUGGGCAGACUACGACCUGCACCAUAUCUUGGGUAACUACGGCUGUCUCAUCGUCGAAAGAACAGGUUCCGAUGUCCGUUCGUUCUUGUUGUCCCACGAUAUCAUGUACGAACACAGAAGGAAUAUCCUAGUCAUCAAGCAAUUGAUCUACAACGAUAUUUCGUCCACUAAGGUGAGACUAUUCAUCAGACGUGGGAUGUCCGUGCAGUAUUUGCUACCCAACUCUGUCAUCAGAUACAUCCAAGAACACGGCUUGUACGUGAACCAAACAGAACCGGUGAAACAAGUCAUUGGCAACAAAGAUUAG